CCUCGGAAGAAAUAUACAAAAUUGUUGGAAUUUCUUCCACCAGAGACCUAGUUGAGCCCUGAAUCCGCCGCAGACGCUGGUCGCCACUCUCUCCAUAGCUGAAAUCGAUCAGUUGCAGAGAGGAAUGUCGCACUUUGGAAGAUCGGGUCCUCCCGAUAUCAGAGAUACUUAUUCGCUUCUCGUCCUCAACAUCACAUUCCGAACCACCGCCGAUGAUCUUUACCCGCUUUUCGACAAGUAUGGAAAAGUCGUCGACGUCUUCAUUCCCAGAGACCGCAGGACUGGGGAUUCUCGGGGAUUUGCGUUUGUUCGAUACAAAUAUGCGGACGAAGCACAGAAGGCAAUUGACAAGCUUGACGGGCGAAUGUUGGAUGGUAGAGAAAUUAUGGUUCAAUUCGCCAAGUACGGUCCCAAUGCUGAGAAAAUUCGCAAGGGGAAGGUGAUGGAGUCAUCAUCAUCGAAGACAAGGGGCAGGUCAAGGAGCCGCAGUCCACGUCCAAGGCACCGUGAUGACUACAGGGAUAGGGAUUACAGGAGAAGAAGCCGCAGCAGAAGCCGGGAGAGAUAUGAUCGUGAUAGACCCCACAGAAGUGAGAGAGAACGCCAUAGAAGUAGGAGUCGUAGUGCUAGUCCUGACUGUAAUAAAGAUCGGAGGAGAGAAAGAGAUGAUGAAAGGCGUAGUGCAAGCCGCUCCGAUAGAAGCAUGUCGCCCACCCGACAUUCCCCUGAUACUCGGAGAAGCAUUUCUCCACGUAGGACACCAUCAAGGGGUAGAAGUGAUGAUGAACAUUCACCUCAGAGAGAGAAUGGCUCACUAGAUGAUAAGCCAGUCAAUUCUCGUAGCCCAUCUCCUGCUAAAUCUGAUGCCGAUGUAAGCUAGCUAAUCUGCCAUUCUUAUUGCCAAUGAUUCUUUGAAAAAAAGUGCUGGUCUGUCUAGUGAUAUCUAUAAUUUGUGCCUGCAGGAGUGAUCUAUAAGUGCCAUAGGGAUAAUAUAUGAAAGCAAGGCAUUGGAUUUUAGAAAUUCUUUAUGCAUUUUAUGAACAAUCAUGGCAUCCCAGGGGGAUAUUUUGCACAAGUGUAUCUGCCUUUAGACUCCCAAGGACUGUUGGAUGCCUAGAUAGACGUGUAGGAUCUUGUUCUUAAUUAGUUUGAGUUAUUUUUCCCUUUUUUCCCUUUAGAUUUCAUUUUAGUAUCUGUACUAUUUACAUGCAAAAUAUGAGUCUUCCCCAGUGUUUGGUUUUGACCUCCUUAGAUGUAUAAUGAAUUGAUUCUUCUGCCUUGUAUCUUGUCUUUUUGGAACCUA